AAUUAGUACUUUCUUUUGCAAUUAAACCCCAAGUUUUGAAAUUUCAGUAUCUCUCAAACUCUCAUAACCAGCAGCGAGAGAGUAGAGAGUGUGUGGAGAGAGACUAGGAAGUUGAAGGAAAAAAGCUUGAAUCAGAAGAUUUCCAGCGAGAAAGAUGGCUAGAAACAGUGACUAUGAUAUGUGCAAAGAAGAACGGAAGAGAGAGAGCUUCUUCAAGGUUCUACAAAGAGUUGAUUUUUCUUCCGAAAACUUGAGAGCACUUCCUUACGACUUUGUGAGAAGCUUCUCCAACAAUGAGCUCUCCGGUAAGAUGAAGAUAAAAGCGCAAUGGGGAAGUUCUUGGGAAGUAGAAAUCUGCAAGAAUCCCAGAUUCUAUUUCAUGGAGAAAUCCGGAUGGGUGAAGUUUGUGAGGGACAAUGCCUUGGGAGACAAUGAGUUUCUUACCUUCACUCACAAAGGAACAAUGCGUUUUACAGUGAACAUCUUCAAGCAAGAUGGCAAGGAGAUGCUGCAGCCUCCACAAUCCAUGGCCUCCAUGGCUUCUUCUAGGCGCCGGCGCACUAAAACAGAACAAGGAAUAUCUUAUCUUGCCACGACAAUAACAGCUGAAUCUAAUGGAGGAGAAAACUACACAAGGAAGCUCAACUUUGAGAAGAAGAAAGCUGCGGAAUCCCAAAAUUCCAAGAGGACCGAGAAAGUCUUUAGUGUCCGAAGGGAUUCUGCAGGUGCCUCUUCAUCUUCUGUUGCAGAAUUCACCAUCUUCAUCAAGAAAUCAUACCUUAUCUUCAUGAGGAUCCCGAAAUCUGUUCAAAGUAUUCAUAUGCCGAUGCAGAGAACGAUUUUCAAGAUACAUCAGCCAAAUAUGAAGAAGUCAUGGAAUGUGGUUUACUUGGUGGCAAAUAGGGGUGCAAGCUUCUCUGGUGGAUGGAAACGUUUGGCUCAAGAGUAUCCUGUAGCAGUUGGAGACACUUGCAAGUUUUCAUUCAUCAAACAACACGAGCUGAUUCUCUUUGUCUCAAAACCCUAAGAGGAGCUACUCACUAGUGAUGAUGGAUGUGAAGGUGUCUUGGAGAACAAGCAACUGAGAAAAAGACUGUUUAUCAGUGUUGUCUUGUGUUAAGGUGUUGUCUUAACUUUUAGUUUUAUGUUAUGACUUAGUUCGGUUUAAAUUCAGAAUGUCUAUGGGGCGGAUAUAUGUAGCUUGAUAUGUUUGGACCAAUUUUAAUAUGUUGUUUCCGUUUGGCUUUA